GUAGUAGGCGUAUUAAAACUUCAAUCUGUUUGACAGUAUAACAAAUUUCGGACCAUGUAAUUCUAAAUUCUUUGUGUAGUUUUCCCUAAAUUAUUCAAAAUUGUAUAAAUAUGACUAAUCAACGUGAAAGCGGACUUCUUUCCGGUAUACAAGCCGUACGUUUGUUCUGGUCGGUUCACAACCAGAGGCGCCGAUCAAGUCAACUGACACAAUUGGCCCGCAGCCAAAACUCAUCCUCGGAUGACAACCGCUCCGGUGCGGAAUCGCUCACGUCCGAAAGCGAGUCUGACUAUAAUGCGCUUCAGUUUUGUCGCAUCUGUCGCCUGAGCGACGACCAGCUGUUAGAGAACGUGUGUGACUGCAAGGGAACGGUUGGCCAAAUCCACGAGCGCUGCCUCCGGAUGUGGACCAUCUAUAAGCGCAGCCAGACAUGCGAAAUUUGCCAGUCCAAGUACCGGUGGACCUUCGAGCGAAAUCUGUUGGUGAAAUUGAGCAAAUGGUCACUGGUGUGGAAUUUCUUCCAGCGGAAAUACUUCUGGGUGCUGUUGCGAGACUUUCUAAAUUUCAUGGUGUUUUUCGGGAUAUCAGCAGUGCAGAAUGCGAAAAUUAUAGAAAUGGUUCAAGAUGACGAUCGACCAUUGAUGUUGCCAUUUGCGUUGGUCGGUGCAUCACUGUAUGAUUUAUACUUCAGUCGAUGGAUUAUGAGCCGAUCUCUAAAGGCUUUCAAUCUGGUACGAGAAUAUUGGAUAUUGGCAAACGAUGAUGAGUUUUUGGGAUAUUUUGACGAGCAGUAUGCAGUUUUCGGGGAAAAUCAAAGUGAAAUAGAAAAUAUGCUUCUGGCGGAGUAUGAUGCACCGGAUUGAACAGAAUAAAUUGCUGCAUGUAUGAUUAGCAGGAAUAUUGUUUUAUAUGUCCUAUUCAGAC